CCCUGUUCUCUACUCUGUCACAGUUCUAAUCCGUUUUUAUUUUUUUUAUUUUUUUUUAUUUUUUAUUUUUUUUAUAAUCUCUCAUCAGGAUUCAGGAAGUGAAUAUGGCGAUGGUUGCCUUGCAACAUUCAACGGUUAACAGCUUGGGUUGGAUAUUUCGAUUAUAAGUUGAAGGAACCGCACUAAAAGUCGCGUCUUAAGUGAUAUUGGAAUGAAUGAAUGCAGUGCUCUCACUUUCUCCACCAACUCCGAGCCUGUGCCAAAUCCCAAAACCUAUUGCAGGGGAAGAAGUUCCAUGCCCAGAUCAUCAAAACAGGUCUGGAACAAUGGGAACCACUCCCCAACAACCUUAUCGAUAUGUAUGGCAAAUGUGCUAUCCUCGAAGCCGCAUUUCACCUGUUCGAUGAAUUGCCUCAACGAGAUCAUGUUUCGUGGGCUUCCAUUCUUACAGCUCACAACAAAGCCAAUCUCCCCCAUCGUACCCUCUCCAUCUUUCGCAACAUGUUUGCAUUCGAUCAAUUACAACCUGAUAAUUUCGUCUUUGCUACAGUUGUUAAAGCUUGUGGUAGCUUAGGUGCGGUCAAACAGGGCAAGCAAGUCCAUGCCCGCUUUGUCUUAUCUCAGUUCACCGAUGAUGAUGUUGUUAAGUCCUCACUUGUUGAUAUGUACUCUAAGUGUGGGCUAUUAGACGAUGCUCGUUGGGUUUUUGAUUCCAUUUCUUGGAAAAAUUCUGUUUGUUGGACCGCUAUGAUAUCUGGGUAUGCCCGAAAUGGCUGGACUUUGGAGGCUGUUAAGCUCUUACAGAGAAUGCCCAUGAAAGAUUUGUUUUCUUGGACGGCUUUGAUUUCUGGGAUUGUGCAGAGUGGAGAUGGUUUUGAUGCGAUAAAACUUUUUAUACAAAUGCGGAGAGAAGGCGUCCAAAUAAUUGAUCCUUUUGUUCUUUCUAGUGUAGUGGGUGCUUCAGCAAAUUUAGCUGCAUUGGAGCUAGGGAGACAGAUUCAUUGCCUUGUAGUAGUCUUUGGUUAUGAAUCAAGUGUUUUUGUCAGUAAUGCACUCGUUGAUAUGUAUGCCAAAUGCAGCGAUAUUUUGGCAGCAAAAGAUGUCUUUGAUAAAAUCCACCAAAGAGACGUGGUUUCUUGGACUACAAUUAUAGUUGGUGCGGCUCAGCAUGGGAAAGCAGAGGAAGCAUUGACUCUUUUUGAUGAGAUGAUCUUGGCAGGAUUAAAGCCAAAUGAGGUCACAUUUGUUGGACUAAUUUAUGCUUGCAGCCAUGUUGGUCUAGUUGACAAAGGUCGUCACUUGUUCAAUUCCAUGAUUAAGGAAUACAGAAUUAAUCCUUCCUUACAGCAUUAUACUUGCUUGUUGGAUCUUCUUAGUCGAUCAGGGCAUCUUGAUGAGGCUGACAAUCUCAUCAAAACCAUGCCAUUUGAUCCUGAUGAAGCUACAUGGGCUGCUUUACUAAGUGCUUGUAAGCGCUAUGGGAACAUCGAAAUGGGGAUUAGAGUUUCUAAUCAUCUACUAACCUUAAAUCUACAAGAGCCUUCAAGCUAUAUCUUGCUGUCUAGUAUCUAUGCUAGUGCCGAUAUGUGGGAUUAUGUGUCCAAGGUGAGGAAGUCGAUGUCAGUUAUUGCAGUUAAAAAAGAGCCUGGAUAUAGUUGGGUUGACUUGGGUAAGGAGAGCCAAGUCUUCUAUGCUGGGGAAACAACAUGUCAUGUCAAAGAAGAGAUUUUUGGGCUGCUAAAGGAUUUGGACAUGGAGAUGAAGAAGAGAGGUUAUGUUCCAGAUACUAGCUUUGUUCUGCAGGACUUGGAAGAGCAGGAGAAGGAACAACAGCUGUUUUGGCAUAGUGAGAGGUUGGCUGUCGCUUAUGGGUUGCUCAAGGCAGUUCCAGGCAUGGUGAUACGAGUAGUUAAGAAUCUUCGUGUUUGUGGGGAUUGUCAUACAGUUCUGAAAUUGAUUUGUCGUAUUGUGGGCAGAGAGAUUGUGGUUCGUGAUGCAAAUCGAUUUCACCAUUUUAAAGAUGGGGAGUGCUCAUGUUGUGAUUUCUGGUGAUAAUUGACAAAUGUCUUUCAAGCUAAGGCCAAAUUUGUUGAGGGGUUGCUGCUGCCUCUAUAAUAUGCUUCACACUGAAAUCAAUAACAAUCUUUGAAAGUUAUAUAUAUUUAAGCACAAAUAUUAUUUCCAGAGGAUGAGUUUGUUGGGUUCAGGUGGCUGACAUAUGAGCAGAGAUUCAUGCUUUACUACUCUUCAAUGGGUCUCCAGUUGCCAUCUUGAAGAUAUUGGAAGUCAAGAAUUAUCAUUGUAGGUUCCUGUACAGCCAAGAUUGUUACCUCUGUUCAGUGUCUAAAAGAUUUGAAAUCAACAGGUUUUAAGGAGGGGUUAUAAUUGUGACUAUGGAGCUUCAGUGUAUCCAAUCGACUUCUUAAAGCAAAAGGUUACAAAUGAAGUUGUGCUUCAGGCAGACCAGCGAGGCCUUUCAUGAAAAUCAAUAACAAACCGAAGGUUCUGCUAUUCAUUGGUGGUCCACCUCCAUAACAAAGCUUGUGAGGGUAUCUCCUUGGGCCAUAUCAAGCUGUCUGAUGUUCAUCUCAUGAUUGGGCUUGGAGCAUGAUCUAUGUCAAUGUGGCACAGUAUUUGCUACUUGUACUAUUUUUUCCCAUUAUAAAAACCGUAUGUUCAUGGUUUAUGGGAUCUGUUUAUUUUAUUUUUGCCUUGAAAAUUGAAUAUUCAUGUUGAUCAUUCUGAACCCAAAAUUUACAACAUCAAUGUUUCCUUGUCAUGCAGUCUGAUUGAAAUGUGGUUUUGAAAAAUCACAUGGUCAAGGACUGCAGUGUAUAGAGGUUGAUCCAAGGCCAUAAGUGUCCUGUGUCUCAUUUGGUGACUGAUCACUAAGUACCAAUGUAAUACUGUACAGUUCUCCAGAACUGAGUUCCUAGUAUAAGAAGUACUGUAAUUGGCAGAAAAAACUGGGUCAUUUGUAAUUUAUGAGUGAUCGUUUUAAA